UGUGAUAGGACGAUAUGCAGCAAGUACCUGGCCCGUCACACCACACGUCCCUUCGGAGCGUUUUGACCCUGAAUAUAUGUAGUUAAUGCAAACGGCGUCUCCGCCUAAGCUAGCUACAGAUUUUUGCGAGGACUCUUUUUCUUUGGCUGCACAACACUCACGUCCCACAGGAAACUAUACCGAUUGGCCUCUCAAUCGUACCGACUUCGGGAAAUAUCCGCUGCCAAGUGCUUUCUGUGACUCGGUGCCCUACCCUGCUCGAUAUCGUGCUGCACUGAUGCGUUCGGUGUAUUGAGUAUGUGGUUCGAUAAUCAGUGUUGAAGGCUCGAAGCCCGUUGCACAGUUUUGACGUUUGUCACUUCGUCCUGUUCUACCCCAACGCAACCAGCCUGUAAACAUGGCAUUUGACUACUUUGCUAACCCGCCGCCUGGUAUUGACUUGUCGGAGUCACGCACUACUUCCAACAAUGCUAUCGGCAUUGUGCUUUUUGUUCUUUCGUUCGUUUUCGUCGCGUUGCGUCUCCUCACUCGCCUGCGUCUUAAACGUGAGGUACUGGGACUGGACGACUAUCUAAUGUUUCUUGGGUUGGCUUUGAAUGCUGGCAACUUGGCUUGCUGCAUCGCAGGGGGCUUCUUCGGUCUCGGAAAGCACAUAUGGUCUUUGGGGCCGUAUGAAAUGCGACAAAUCACAAUAAUCACUUUCGCGUAUGUGUACAUCUACACAUGGAGUUUGUGUGUUAUCAAAUUCUCAAUUCUGGCUUUAUAUCGUCGAAUUUUUGGGAUGACAUGGCUUGGCUGGUUUUGCGUCGUUCUCACUGCCGGUUAUCUAAUCACUAACCACGUCGUCUUACCACUGUAUACACGACCACUACACUACUACUGGAAUCAGUGGUAUGGUGGUGAAGGCGUGGUACUGGUGAACGAGGCAAAGUUCUAUCUUGGUAUCGGUAUUAUCAAUCUUUUCGGCGAUAUAUGUAUCCUCACGAUACCUGUACAAAGCGUGCUCAAGCUGAACAUGGGACGAUCGCAAAAGGUCGCAGUGAUCCUCACGUUUUUACUCGGCAGUUUUGUCUGUUUUGCGUCUCUAUACCGCAUCAUCACUAUUGUCCACCUCGUUAAUACAACAGACAUUAGCUGGGCGAAGAGUGACGUGUUCAUCUGGUCUUCCGUAGAACCCUCGGUCGGCAUCAUCUCCGGUUGCCUGCCCACCCUUCGUCCGCUGCUUCUGCAAGUCACGGAUGUGCUCUCUAGGAGCCUGCCAUCCACGCUCAAAGGUUCGCACCACAUGGAAUCUCCUGCGCACUCGCUAGAUCCACUCGAAACGAUUUCCAAAAAGCGCACGCGGAAGAUAAAGGUCAACGAUACGUUGGAGGGCACCACAGUCACUCAAACGGAGAUUCGAACCGACAGAAAGUCAUGGAUGAGAUCGAAUAAAGAUCAUGAGCCAUGGGGUAGAUCUCGGUUAGAUGAAGAUGAGAUAGGUCUAACAACAACCCAUGUGCAUGGAGAAUGUCCUAAUGCAGGACGCAAGGCAUCGAGCGAAGUCCGGAUAAGCGAGUCGCCUCCAAAUGAUAGAAGAGAAAGAGGGAUCACUCUGACGAGAGAGUUUGAAUGGGAUGAAAGAAAACAGAGUCCUGUUCCCCGCAAAUAGACAAGCCUUCUCGUACUGAGCGGGAAAAGCACCCUAUGAUCAUCUCCAUACCUAGCAUCCAAACUAAAAGUUCUGCCAACUACCGAUCCCACUUUCAUGGAUACGAAGACUAACAAAUUACAUCCACGAAAGCAUUCUGUGUUGUGUUAUACACUUUUUGGAGGCUUUGACAGUUUUGAAACUUUUGCGGGUUGGCAUGUGACACAUUGCAGCCUCGGAAGAGCCGCAGACGACUCCAAUGGAUGGAGCUGCGCGCUUUCGCGCAACCUGCAUCAAGUCUCGCGCGUGGUAGGUAAAUUCAUAACUAGCUGGUUUUGGAUGCGCGCAUCAUAUUUAAC